AUGAUUAAGGUUAAAGCCCUUACAGGGAAAGAGAUCGAGAUCGAUAUCGAGCCAACGCAUACUAUUGACCGGAUUAAGGAGAGGGUUGAGGAGAAAGAGGGGAUUCCUCCUGUGCAACAAAGUUCCCUAAAAUCUGUAAUGAUGGUGUAUCGUUUGUGUGACAUGCUUAUUUAUGCUGGCAAGCAGAUGAGGGAUGACAAAAUUGCCAAAGACUACAAUAUUGAAGGUGGCUCUGUUCUUCACUUGGUCCUUGCUUUGCGAGGUGGUUCUCUUUAG